UUGAUUGUAUACACCUGUGUCCAUGGAGGGGAUUGGAACACCUGAAUCACAAGAUAUGGAGGGGAUUGGAAUACCUGAAUCACACGAUAUGGAGGGGAUUGGAGCACCUGAAUCACACGAUAGGGAGGGGAUUGGAGCACCUGAAUCACAUGAUAGGGAGGGGAUUGGAGCACCUGAAUCACAUGAUAGGGAGGGGAUUGGAGCAACUGAAUCACAUGAUAUGGAGGGGAUUGGAAUACCUGAAUCACACGAUAUGGAGGGGAUUGGAGCACCUGAAUCACAUGAUAGGGAGGGGAUUGGAGCACCUGAAUCACAUGAUAGGGAGGGGAUUGGAGCACCUGAAUCACAUGAUAGGGAGGGCGGGGACAAUACUUUGGGCAACAUAGUGUAUCUAUCU